GGCGCCGGGCGGCGGUGGCGAGGCCGGGCUGCCCGCUUGAGGGAAGCGCCUUGUCGGCGGGCGGCGGCUCCGCCAGGGGCGGGAGGGCUCGGGGCGAGAUGGAGCCGUGAGCGGGUGAGUACGGAGCCGCGGUUCGGCCGGCGGCUGCCAGGCGACCCGGCAGCAAAGAAAGGGAGCGGGGUGGGGGGAGGGCUCGCGGGGCCUCACCUCAGGGCGGCCGUCGGCGGAGGAGGGCGCGGCGCUUGGCCCCUCAGCGCCCCCCGCCCCGUGGGCGCCGCUGCCUCCCCGCCCGCUCCCCCUCGGGGGGGCUCUCGCUCUCUUUUCUCCCCAUUUUCCAGGGCUGGGAGCGGUGACAGCGGUGCGGCGGGGUCCUGCCCCUCUCGCUGCUCCGUGCCUGCGUUCCGCCAGGCUCUUUUUCCCCAGCGUUGCUCGUCCGCCUGUAGCUGCGCGCUCAGGGCGCUGUGAGGUGGAGGCAUCCCUAUCCCGCAGCGAGACGGUGUGUGAGAGGGGCGUGUCGCUUCAGGCACACGGAUGGAAGCUCGGGCCGUCCGCUUCCUAAGUGGAAAUAACCCUCCUGAGGCCUCCCUGAGCUGCGUCUGCGUUUCUUUAUUCUGCAUCGUGCAGACUUAGUGCUAACGUGGCCCCGCAUGGUUCUGCUACCCGAGAGGAGUGGGCUGAGUAAGGGCUUUCAGGUUUGAUGUUGCCGUACCACUUCCUUUUUGUGUGCUACGUGUCCGGACAGCAUCGGGCCCUCUGCCGUGGAACUGCACGUCUACCUGCCCGCGGCUGUAAAUACGCUCUGGAGGCUUUCACAGUCUUCCCCUUUAGAUCUGUGGACCUUGAGAAAAUGCAGUGUGCAGUUCUGUCUUUAAAUUUGCUACUGACGUUCCGUAUGAGUUAGUCAUGCCGUAGGUGGGUUCAUGUUUUUUCCAGCUUUGCAAUGAUUUUACUUUCACGUUGGUUUUACUUCCUUCUACCCAGACAAGUCGUGAAUUCGCUAUCCCUGGAGGAUCAAGGCCAGGUUGGAUGGGGCCCUGGGCAGCCUGAGCUGGGGGGUGGCAGCCCUGCCCACGGCAUGGAGUGGGACUGGGUGGGCUUUGAGGUCCCUUCCAACCCAACCAUUCAGUGAUAACUACAAACACUUUCAAUACUGACUUCAAAGUACGCUUUGCUGCCAUCAGUAAACUGUUUUAAAGACACUGUUAGAAUCCGUACCCCAGAACUGACACAUCUGUAGUGCUUUUGGCUCUUAAUGAGUACAUAGGUUGUUCUGCAAGUAGUGGCUCCUAUUUAUUUCCAUGGAAACCGUAACAGAUCCAAGUAGCACUAUAACACUGUUAGAUAGAGCAAAUUCUCAGCUGCAAAAUGCUGUUUUUCAAUAUAGUUACCACCAUUAGCAGUGCGUUUUUGCCAGCAGUGAACAAGAGCCUCCAUGCUGUGCACCAGUGGAGGUGACCUGCUGUUGCUAUUGCCAUUGUUCAAACACACCAGCCGCCACCUCUCCACCUCUCUGUGGACACAUCCACUGUUUGGUCUCCAUCAGCAUCCAGGCAGCACCAAUGUGUGUGAAUAUGUGCCAUGUUUCCCACAUGUGGGUAUUAGUAACACACAUAGACUUCGUAUGCACUUUCAUAUCAGAUGCCAUUUUGUCAGCCUGCCCCUCUGCUGCCCUCUGACACACAGCAACAAAAUGUGAUGGGAUAUUGGUGUGAAGGUUCAACUUCUACUGUCAUGCCACCAAUUUCUGCCUCUGAUGUCGUGGGACAACGUUAUAAAACAUGAGGCGUUACUUUCGGAGCAGCUCUUGUAUUUUCCAAAAACAAUUGGAUCAUUUCUGAAUAGGAAAUCAGAGGGCACCCAUUUGUUCCUGUUUGCUGCAGUGAUGAAAUGAGUGAUUUGAUAAUUGUGAUUAAAUAGGAUCUAAAAAUAGGUUUAAAAAUAAGCGUAUGGUCUGAAGCUGACUGAGCUCCUUUUCUGUGCUUUAGGUUUGAGCUUUCUGCUUGAAGGAGGAAGGGACUCGGGGCUGAAAGGGGAUGCCAUAAGCUUUUUACACAUGGGCAUAGUUUCCCUUCUUAAUCUCCGGGUGUUAACUCACCGAGUCCCUCCUCACUUAUAAUUUAGAUACCAAAUGUGAAUCAAGGAAUGGCCUGGGUUGAAAAGGACCACAAUGAUCAUUGAGUUUCAACCCCCCUGCUGUGGGCAGGGUCGCCAACCAGCAGACCAGGCUGCCCAGAGCCACAUCCAGCCUGGCCUUGAAUGCCUGCAGGGAUGGGGCAUCCACAGCCUCCUUGGGCAACCUGUUCCAGUGAAUUCAGGAGAAGAGUGCAAUAUUGCCAGUUGUGGCUUCUUGGCAUCGCACUGUGUACCAAAUGAAAAAGGCCCCACGGAAGUCCUUAUGCAACGGGUGGACCAUUAAAUAAAAUACAAAGGAACGGAGUACAGGAGGCAUUUUUACAUGGGGCUAAGAGAACGUGGCAGUCAUCCAAAGCAAUUUUUCAUAGACGGUUAAAUUUUCUUCCCCUUGAUUAUGGAAAUAAUAAGAAACUGUUGGGUUUGGGGAGAAGUGCUUCCUGGUGACUGUGUUUUGUAGCUCCAACUUAGGCUGAUACGGUAAAGCAGCAGCGUUGUCACAGACCCUUUCACCUUCGAAUCUCCAGGUGAGCUAUAUACAUCCAGGCAGUCAAAACACCCCUUCAUUUAAUAAUAAUGGAGAAGCCCUACUGGAUUCCCUGCACCGUUGAGCCACGAUGACAUCGCUGUGUGGUUUUGGUGGGGGCUGUUCUAGUUGGAGGGGAGGAUCAGAACAGAAGGGACAUGAUGCUAAGAUGAAAAGCAGCUAAGUUCCUAGCACGUAUUCAUACGUUAUCACAAGAUGAAUUGCUGCACACGUUUGGAAUGUGUGAGCUGUGGCCAUUUACGCUUUCUCCCCAGAAGCACAAUUUGUAGUAAUUCCCAGAGUUUUAUCCCUUCACUCUGUACGUCCUUCCUCUAUUCUGGGUGACAGAACAUGGCUGUGUCAGUGUGUGUUUACUGCUGGUAACUCAGUCGCAUGAUUAAGAUCCCUUUUGAAGAGCACAGCUAAUUUCCUCUGUGUAAAAAGAGGCAACAAUUAGUACAUCUUAUUACGGUUAUGCAAUACUCUUCCUUUAAAGAAUUAUCAGCCGUGUCCCGAGGGUCAGUGUCUUUUCCUGUCGAAGAGGAAGCAGAAAAAGCAACUGUUCAGCAGCCUGAAACUGUCAAACACCUACUCUGGGGAAAGGCAGAUCUAAUGAUUUCCUGCUGGACACAUUGCUGAGCCGAGACUGAAAACAGAGGAUGUGGUUACACAGACAUCUCUCGUAGUGUUGGGGCUGGCUUAAGUUGCUCGUAUUCCCAUCUGCUUUUUUUCUUACUAUUUUUUGCCCACUGUCCUCUGUCUCCUCAGCAGAGAUGCGUGGCUGGGGGCUGCCUGCUGUGCCGCCUCGUGUUUUCAACCUCUGUAGGUUCUGUUGCUCCCCCCCCCCCCUGAGCCCCCAAAAUCAGCACUGGGGGAUGGCAGAAGGCUCACACAGCUGCAGCCGAGCGGAGGGCUGCAGGGAUGGUGAGAAAGCACUGCAGCUAAAAGGAGCACUGUAAGAACCGUAGCCUACAACUGUCCCUAGCAGCCUUCUUUUACGUACAUGUGACACAUAGGUGGAAUGGCUGGGCUGGUGGCAGUUCGCAGCCUCUCUUCUUCUGUCGGAUGCUCUGGUGGUGCUUGGGGAGAUGUGUGUGUCUGCUGUGUGCAUUUCACCUUCCCUCCUAUGAGUGCUUUGUGGAGUACAAACACUGCAGAGCGGCUUCUUUGAGGGAAACGAAUGGCGUCGGGGUGAGGGCAGUUGAUGUUACCAGGCUUAGGUAUGUCACUGAGGCCAGGCAAUGUGUUGAGGCUUUUAAACACGGGUCCUCCUCUUGGAGGGCAAACGAGGCGUGCAGCGAACACAGCAGCCCUCAUGGCGCAGUGUUUGCAGACAUCGGGAAGCAGCGCCAGGAGCAGCAGAUCGUUUCCCUUUCAUCUUGUUCUGUUCCUGAGCUGAGAUGCUUAUUUUCCACGCAGAUAAAUCUGAGAGUUUGUCAGUGAGCAAAGUGCUGCAGUUGUUGAAAUUGGAUUGUUUUAUAUGUCAGAAACUGAAGGAGUGAAUUAAGUUUCCGCAGUGUUCCUUUCUCCCUGACUCUCCCAUUUUCCUGCCUGCGUCCAAUAUCGUUAUUCUUGUGUGAAGGAACACUUUGCAUUUAGGCACACAACCAUAUCAAUAACAUCUCUGUCAGAACAUAAAAAUUAAUACGUAAUCACCAGUCUUUGUAAAUCUUGAAAGCGAAAGGCUGAGCUUUUAAAUGGAGGGUUUCUUUUGCUCCCUGACCUCGUGCCAUUUAUCUGCUUUUGCUCUCCUGCUGCAAACCAGCAUGUCAGCUGCGUCUACUUAUCCUUCCUAAUGAAGCUGUGCUCCCUCCUCCAGCUUGCUGUGCCUCUGCUGAUCCAGACGAGCAGGGCUUUUGUGGAGCAGGGCAGAAGCAGCAUGGCACUGGUGCUGCAUGCACUGGCAGCUUGUUUGUAAACAGCUGACGGCGGGGGACUGCCUCUGUGGAAGUUCCUAAACCACUGAAAUAAGAGCUUUCCCCUGGACGUAGUCAGGAGCUGCUGCUGCUGUCUCUGCCGUGGUGACUGGAGAGAGAGCUGCUGGCAUGGAAGUGAGCUGGGUUUGUUCGUGGGAACUCUGAGUAAGGUUGCCAUCACGAAAGCCAAAGUGGAUUUCUCCGGUGUGGUGUGCCUGCCCCCUUCCGUCAUUGCUGGAAAUGGGCUGGACGGAGGAGGGGCUGGCGAAAAUGACGAUGAGCCGGUGUUGGUGUCCCUUUCGGCGGCCCCCAGCCCUCAGAGCGAAGCUGUUGCCAAUGAGCUGCAGGAGCUCUCCUUGCAGCCCGAGCUGACCCUCAGCCUCCACCAUGGCCGAAACCCCAACCUUCCUCCGCUCAGUGAAAGAAAGAAUGUGCUGCAGUUGAAGCUCCAGCAGCGACGCACACGGGAGGAGCUGGUGAGCCAAGGGAUCAUGCCGCCUCUGAAAAGUCCAGCUGCAUUUCACGAGCAAAGAAGGAGUUUGGAACGGGCCAGGACAGAGGACUAUCUGAAACGGAAAAUCCGGUCCCGGCCAGAGAGAUCAGAGCUGGUUAGGAUGCACAUUCUGGAAGAGACCUCAGCUGAACCCUCCCUGCAGGCUAAGCAGCUGAAGCUAAAGAGAGCCAGGCUGGCAGAUGACCUCAAUGAGAAGAUAGCACAGAGGCCAGGUCCCAUGGAGCUGGUGGAGAAGAACAUCUUGCCUGUGGAAUCCAGCCUGAAGGAAGCCAUUAUAGUUGGACAGGUGAACUACCCAAAGGUUGCAGACAAUUCCUCCUUCGAUGAGGACAGCAGUGAUGCCCUCUCCCCAGAACAGCCAGCCAGCCAUGAGUCCCAAGGGUCUGUCCCAUCACCGAUGGACUCACGGAUUUGUGACCCUCUCCCUAGCACCACUGGCACAUCACUAGCUCAGGGUACAUCCCAAUUGCAGAUUAGUGCAGACUCCAAUGAAACUCUUUUCCUACCUGAACAGCCACCCCCGCCUCUGCCACCUCCACCUCUUCUGCCCCCCAGUCUUACCAAUGGAGCGGCUCUUCCUGCUGCCAAGCCCCCACCGACGCUCAUUAAGCAAAGCCAGCCCAAAUCUGCUAGUGAGAAGUCUCAGCGCAGUAAGAAAGCCAAGGAACUGAAGCCGAAAGUCAAGAAGCUUAAGUAUCAUCAGUAUAUUCCCCCGGACCAAAAGCAGGACAAGGGAGCUCCUCCCAUGGAUUCAUCCUAUGCCAAAAUACUGCAGCAGCAGCAACUCUUCCUUCAGCUUCAGAUCCUCAACCAGCAGCAGCAGCAGCACUACAACUAUCAGACCAUCCUGCCAGCUCCACCAAAGCCUCCAGGAGAGCAGCAGACUGGUGCCAGUGCCCCAGCCGUACGCAAUCUGUCUGCUGCAGUCAAUAGCACAUCUUCGGUAUCCUCUGGUUCCAGUGGGCUGAUGCGACAAAACAGUAAUGCUGCAGUGGGCAAGCCAGGCCCUCUCCCUGCCAACCUGGAUGAGAUGAAGGUGGCAGAGCUGAAGCAAGAGCUGAAGCUGAGGGCCUUGCCUGUCUCGGGCACGAAGACGGACCUGAUUGAGCGGCUCAGAGCUUACCAAGAGCAGAACGGCACAGCCGGCCAAACAACCCCUACUCCCAAGCCCAGCACAGCAGCCAUUCUCCCCAAAGCUGCCGAGGUGGUGGUUGCUUUCCCAGCUGCCAGGCUGAGUACGGGGCCAGCCCUGGUCACCACUGGCAUCGCACCAGCAGAAGUAGUUGUGGCCACGGUCACUGGUGGUGGCGUGAUGAAGUUUGGCAGCACCGGCUCGACUCCGCCUGUUUCUCCCACUCCUUCGGAACGCUCACAAAUGAGCACAGGUGAUGAGAAUUCGGCCACUGGGGACACCUUUGGAGAGAUGGUGACUUCGCCUCUGACCCAGCUCACCCUGCAGGCAUCUCCAGUGCAGUUCCUGGUGAAGGAGGAGAGCUCCAAGUCUGCCUCCUGCAGCAUCAGCGCGGCACCCAGGUCGGAGCGGUGCAGCACUGGGAACAGCAGGGAUGCAGAAGUUAGGGACAAAGACCAGAUGCUGCAGGAAAAGGACAAACAGAUCGAGGAGCUCACCCGCAUGCUGAAACAGAAGCAGCAGUUGGUUGAGAUGCUCAGACUACAGCUGGAGCAGGAGAAGCGCGCUCAGCAGUCGCUACCAGCCCCGGCGGCUGCGGGAGAAGGAACAGCUCUUGCCUCCAACCCAGUAGCGUUUGGUAUCCAGGUCAAGAGCGAAAAUGGUUUCCUGAGCUGCCAGUCUGCAAAGCAAUCCAGUGGCCAAACCGACCAAUUCAACCCCGCACCAACCUCUAGCCAAAUGGACACUUCGAACCCAAGCCCAGUGCCAAAGAAAGCCGUGAUGGUGAAGCAGGAGGUGCCAGCCACGGAAGCAGAGCCGCCGUGCCAGUCCCACAGCCCGCAGCUGUUCCUUGGCCAGCAAGGGAGCGCCCUGAGUGACCUGAUCAAGGGUACUCCUCCCCCAACCCUCAUCACCGACUCCACAGGGACCCACAUCGUCCUCACCGUGACCAAGCAGAGCGCCGAGAGGCAGGGCCUCUCACCCCAGGGGAAGGCAGUGAGCAGCUGCCCGACCUCACAGAGAGUACAAUCGUUGCCCACUAAAACUUCCAGCCAACCACAGUGUCAGCCACCUGCAAGCACUCCUCAGCAGCCCACACCACAGCAGCAGCAGCAGCAGCAGCAGCAGCCCAGAGGCCUAAACCAACCUGUCAGAAAGCCCUCAUCCCAGCCCAGCUCUCCUGCUGCCCCCUCCCCUUCCCAGAUGGACCUGGAGCAACAGCAGCAGCAGCAGAAGCAGCAGCAUACGUCGCUUUUUGGACCUCCUCCACCACCUCUCCCUGUCCCCUCAGUCCCACUGAAAGAGCCACCGGGCUAUGAAGAGGCCAUGAAGCAGCAGCCAAAGACCCAGGAGAACGGCUGUUCCAGCCAGCAGAUGGAUGACUUGUUUGACAUUCUCAUAGAAAGUGGAGAGAUUUCUGCUGACUUCAAGGAUCAGUCAUCCCCGGCUGGAAAAGAACCACCUGCGGCCCCGGCCUGCUCCUCACCGCCCAGCAGCCACCAUUCCUCGGAGCUGGCGGUGCCGGUGUCGCUGGGGCAGACGGUGCCCGUGGGGCGGCUGGAGGACUUCCUGGAGAGCAGCACCGGCCUCCCGCUGCUGACGGCAGGCCACGACGGGCCUGAGCCCCUGUCCUUGAUCGAUGACCUCCACAGUGAGAUGCUGAGCAGCUCGGCCAUCCUGGACCACCCGCCUUCACCCAUGGACACCUCGGAAUUGCACUUUGCUCACGAGCCGGCCGGGGGCAUAGCCUUGGAUCUGGCUGAGGCCAACUUGGACAGCAUGGACUGGCUGGAGUUGCCGGGGGGAUCUGUCAUGAGCCUGGCCCCCCUCAGCACCACGGCUCCCAGCCUCUUUUCCACAGACUUCCUUGAUGGACAUGAUCUGCAGCUGCACUGGGAUUCGUGCUUGUAACUCUGUGAGCAGAGACUGAAGGGAAUGGGUGUGGGAGGGCACGGGCAUGCAGGGGGAAGAGGCCAGUCAACCAAAAGAAACCCCAGAAACAAAAGAAAGCAAAAAAAAAAAAAGGAGCUCCUAGUAUCCAUAAUCCUCUCCCCACAGUGUUCCUCCUCUAUGAAGCCAGCAGCGGCAGCAAAGGCAGACCCACGGCCCGAACCACUGCCAGCAGAGCAGUGGGACCAGGAGAGUGGCUGCAGCUCUGGGGCGAGAGCGGAGCUGGCAGCCCUGCUCCCUCCUGCAGGACGUGGGCAUAGAACUGCAGGUAAUGCUUCCUGCAGCAGGACAUGAUGUGACCGGGCCUGAGCCCUUCUGGAAGCAGCAUCCCGCUCCUUGCUGGCAGGUAUGGGGCAUUACACGGCCCCACCUGCCCCGAUUAAUGGUUGCGGAAGGGGAUUGAUCUACCUCUGUAGCAGGGCACAGAGGAGGGAGCUGCCAGGAAGGCUGCCUGCUGCCCCUGUGCCAUCCGUCAGAGGUCACCUCUGCCACAGGGCUGUGAGGAAUGGGCAGAACAGGCACCUUUUCCAAAUGUAGCCAAAGGAAACGGGAGUUUCCCACCAACUUGGUACUCUCUGGGCUGGUUUCUUAAGUCCUGGUGAGCUUGGCAAAGGCUGCCCACUUGCUUCACUUGCUUUGGGCUGCAAAAACAGACUUCUAAGGUGCUAAAAUCCAGGUUAGAUCUGUCCUUCACUGCCCCAGGUCUCCAGCUGUGCCUGGAGUCAGCCUGCAGGCACCCUCUACUCACUGCCCCCAAGCUGAGCAGAGCAUCGGCCCACGGUCCUGGGAAGUGCAGAGGGGCACAGCUGCCAUCGAGCAACAUAUCAUUAAGGGCCACGUGCAAUCUUUCUCCUGCCUUCAGCUGUGCUGCUGCCUCCCUGCAGCAAGUGACCCAGGUGUAAAGAAGAGCUCCUCCCACCUCCAAAUCUGCCCUGCAGCCCCAAGGAGGGAAGGAUGUCAGCCCCAGCAGCAAGGAAAGGGAAGAGGCACUGCUGAGAGGGUUUGUGCUAGCUUAGGAGCGCAACUGUGGGGGCCCCUUUCUGAGGAGAACCGAUGGGCGUCUGUCUCUGCUCUGCUGUGCCCACACCUCAGUGUUAAGAGGCAAACACAGCAGUGAGCUGUGGCCUGGUACCUCCACUCCUGUACGCUGGCAGCCCCACAGUACUCGCUGUCAGGAACUGACCUGGCAGCCGGUUGAGCUCACAAUCGCAGUGCAGCUGGGAGAAAGUCCUGCCUUCCUGAGCCCUAUCUGCUUGUCAGCUACAUGGGGAGCCACUUCCUUAAUCAUUUGCAGGGGAUGCCUGCUGGCAGCUGCCUUUCUGCCCUCAGCCCUUCUGUUGCCCAAGCCCCAGUCCCAGCAUAAAAACCAGUAACUGGGACCGGUGGACCCCUUCCCUCCACUCUUGCCUUCCUCACUUCUCAUUUCUCAGGCCCAGCACGAUUAUGGUGGUUGUGCGCUGUGUACUGGGAAGCAGGAACCUGGCACAGAGGAGCAGAGGCAGGAGCACAUCAGAAAUCAUGUUGCAGCACAGGCCCCUGCUCUUCACUAUGAGAUAUAAGCGAGGGUAGUAAUAGGGCCCCCCCAGGACCGCUGCCCGGCCAUGGGACCACAUGGCACAGGAGGUAGGCAGCAUAGGAGAAAAGUGUGGCAGGGGAGCAGGGAGGGGGCAGGAAGAUCUUUCCUCCAUCAACUAUUUCAUGUUAAGGAGGAAAAAUGAGGCUGCCUUUUCCUCAAACUAAAGCAAAAUCAGCUGCUUUUAGCCUACAGAGAGCAGCAGCCCCCCCAAGAAAAGCCCCCCACGGACACCUGUGUGAUUUCUUUUGUACAAAUAAUCACGAAGUGGCAACCAGCAAAUAAAGAAUGAAAGUAUCCAAGUGCAAUUUGCUCCUACAGAAGGUGGGAGCGCUCCACCUGCACCCCAGGCCUGACUCAGCCGUGGAUCUUCGUGCUGGGCCGGGGCCCCCAGCCCUUGCUGGCACAGCGCCCCUUCCUGGUUUCACCCAUCCCCUGGGUGGGUGGCAGAAGGCUCAGUUCCUAUGCACUGCUGUUGGCCUUCGCUCACCCGCCUCCCCUCGUGAAAGCUGUAGGAAUACGUUACAUUGCCCCAAUGUACUUGAAACCAGCUGAGGAACGCAGCGAGCCUGCCAGGGCCCUCUGCACAAAGGGCUUCUGCCAGCACAGCAGCGAUAGCCUGGUGGCUGAGGGCAGUGGGAACGGGGCGUCUCAUCCCAGAAAAUAAUCAUAGAGGUCUUUUCCCCAAGAUGUGCCCAGAGCAGGCAAGCCCAGUUCUCUGCUUUCUUACUAUUAUUUGUUUGAAUAAUAGUUCAAUAGUUCUUUGUUGGAAGAGGUAUUCCCCUGGACGUACAUUUCUGCACCCGUUGGGAAAAA